AUGAUCAUAUUCAAGUUUUUGGCUUUCUAUAUUUUGAAUUCCCCAGUAAUCGUAAUCAAAGGCACAAUAAUGGCAAUAUUCCCCUUUAGUGGUAGAGCAACGGCAACCCUUGUAUUUCUUGAAAAAGUUAAAGAUAAUUUCGUCAGUGAUUCAAGUAGUGAAUUAAAUGUUGUAGCAGGUGAUGGGAGUGAGAAUAGUGCAUUUUGUGGUAAUGCA